ACGAACGGUCAGCCGUUCAGUUGUCAUUCGACAGCCCUACGAGAAAGACGCGGUCUCCAAGCCUGCGUGUUCUCUUAAACUUUACGCGACUAACAACUGCAGUGAUUCGGAAUUUGAACUGAGAGUGUUAAGUUGCAAGUGUCAAGUUUAGUGAUGACUUUAGAAUGGAGCAGUCUACUUUCGUGCCUCCUGGACAAACGUUGAUGUCAGAGGGAAUGGAAACGAGGGACCGGCUCGCCAAGGAGAUAGUGCUCCUCGUGCUCUUCUUAGUGUCGACGGCGGCCAACUCGCUGGCGUUACUGGUUUUCUGCCGACGGCCUGGCCUAAGGACAAUUUCUAAUAGGUUCGUCAUCAACCUCCUGGCGACGAAUUUGUUGACUACCUCCCUGCUUGCGCCCGCGCUGUUCGGCGAGCAUUCCGCCAGGGAGGACGCUGCCUCCUGGAUCGAGGCGGGAGACGCGGCAGCCUCCGCCUGCAGCCUCGCCGCUCUGCUCGCCAUCUUGCUCAUUGCGCUCGACCAACACCACGCAGUGACUGAUCCUCUACGCUGCCAUACCAGACUUCUCCAGCGGCGUCCGGCCGCUCUUUGCGCCGCUACUUGGCUCGCAGCUGCCAUCGCGGCGCUCGUCCGCGCUGCCGUCGCCGUCUUCCGCCACUUCUACCCGCUCGAGCCUAUCGUCCAAGGAGUCGAGCUUGCCUACUACGUCGUGUACUUAAUGCUUGGAGUCCUAGUGCCUGCUGCUGUAGUCUGCGUCAUGUAUGCGAGGAUAUACAAAGCGGCGCGCUCGUCCGGACUUCGAGCGAGAGCGCACGGUGCCAGUGCUCUUCAGCUUCAUGAGCCUCCAGCGAAUCUACCAGACCUAAUUGAAGAAGGCGAAGGACUCACACUGAGAAUAGAUGUUCCUGAUUCAUCUGACAAUGCUGCGUCGGCUGAGAGUGAUCGUAAAUACGGUCCAUUCUUGCUUCCUCCAGAACGCCCGCUUCGGUGCCCCUCUGUCGCUAGCCUUCGAAACUCGCGAAAAGAGGGAAAGUCGAAUGAAGAUCUGAGGAGAGGACUGCCCGCCGUCAGCUCAGCGCCGUCUCUGGCUGCUCCACUCCUUGCUGUGCAGCCACGUACACCGCAGCCCGCAAGCAGUACUUCAAGAAUAACAUCUAUCCGGUGUCGAAUUUCGAACGCUUCAUUGUUUCGUUAUAGGGAAGAAUCUCGUGCGGCUCGUGUUGGACUAUUAACUGGUGCAUUAGUGAUGUUACACAUCCCGCACGCGGUAUCUGCGGUCGUGUCGGCCGCCGUGCCGGGACUCGCUGCGAGUGCGCGCACCCCAGCGUUAGCUUUGUUGUUGCUGUCCUCUGCGGUGUCACCGUUCCUAUUCGCGUUGCGAUCGCGGCGCGUGCAGCGGGAGGCCCGUCGCUUGCUGCUGCCGGAGAAGAGCGCUUGGGACAGAAAUAACAGCGCUGCAGCGGCUGCCGUAGCUGACGGGCAGCGGGCACGCGCUGCUUUGGAAUUGCUGAGGACUCUGUCGCCCGGUAGCGGUGGUGGCGAAGCUGCGCCGUCGGGAAACGGCUCAGAAGGGGGCGCGUGCCGUGGGUCCUUCAGCUCGGGCGGUAGUACCCAGCUGUCGUCCGCGUCGGACGAGUGACCGCCCCCUCCCCGCGUGCCCCCGCACGCAACCCCGCGGGUCCACUUCGCCCCGCGGCCCACCGCUAUCCUCAUCUGUGAUACUAGGCUAAGCCACUCCGCGCUCGGCGCGACCGUUAGACUGAUUUAGUAUUAAGAUAAUUUAUUGUGUCCAUGUACCUUUCCGCUGAGCGGACAAUUUUUAUUACCUGAUAUAAAUGUAUGAAAAGAUUAAAAACUUAUCG